AUGGGUCGCGAGGUCGAGUCCAGCGAGGUGGAGGUGGAGGCGUUACCCACGCCUCCUAAGUUCGAUCUGAACAUCGACUGGUCGCAAGUUAAUCUCGAGGCGCUUCAGUUGCCUGAAGGCGAGGACUUCGACAUUAAGAGCGAGGACGAGGAGGAGGAGCUGGAGGUGGUGGAGUCGGAGACGGGCUUCGGGAACGUCAUCGUCGUCGACAACCUGCCCGUCGUGCCGCCCGAAAAGUUUGAGAAGCUGCAGACCGUGGCCAAGAAAAUUUUCGGGCAGAUUGGGCUGAUUCGCGAGGGGGGGCUGUGGAUGCCCGUGAAUAAGGAGACGCAGAAGACAAACGGAUAUGCCUUUAUCGAGUAUGCCACUCCCCAGGAGGCGCAAGCGGCGCGGGAGCAGAUGGACGGGUACAAGCUGGACAAGGCGCACGUCUUUAAAGUCUCCAUGUUUGACGACUUCGAGAAGUACGCGCGCGUGCCCGACCAAUACGCGCCGCCGCCGCUCAAGGAGUACACGCCCUCGGAGAACCUGCAAUGGUUCGCGGCGGACGAGCGCGGGCGCGACCAGUUUGUGAUCCGCUUCGCGUCGGAGACCGAGGUCUACUGGAACGACGCGCGCGCCGCCAAGCCCGACCCCGUCUACCGCCGCACGUUUUGGACGGAGAGCUUCGUGCAGUGGUCGCCGCUGGGGAGCUACCUCGCCACCAUCCAUCGCCAGGGCGCCGCCAUCUGGGCCGGCUCCUCGUGGCAACGCAUCAUGCGCUUCGCACACCCGCAGGUGCGGCUGAUCGACUUCUCCCCCGGGGAGCGCUUCCUCGUGACGUACAGCAGCCACGAGCCCGCCAACCCGCGGGACACACAGAAGGUGGUGCUGAACGUGUUUGACGUGCGUACCGGCAAGAGCAUGCGCGAGUUCAAGGGCGCCGCGGACGACUUUGCUACUGGCGGCGCCGGUGGCGUUGCCGGCGUGCAGUGGCCUGUGUUCAGGUGGGCCGGGGGGCGGGAGGACAAGUACUUCGCGCACAUGGGGAAGAACUGUGUGUCGGUGUAUGAGACGAGCACCAUGGCCUUACUUAACAAGACGUCCCUCAAGGCGGACCACGUGCACGACUUCACGUGGGCGGGCGGGCGGGAGGACAAGUAUUUCGCGCGCAUGGGGAAGAACUGUGUGUCUGUCUACGAGACGAGCACCAUGGCGCUGCUGGACAAGAAGUCGCUCAAGGCGGACCACGUGCACGACUUCACGUGGUCGCCCGCUGAGCCCAUCCUGGCCAUGUACAUUCCCGAGUCCAAUGGCGGGAAUCAACCUGCUAGGGUGAGCCUUGUUGCCAUUCCAUCGCGCGAGGAGCUGAGGCAAAAGAACCUAUUCAGCGUGAGCGAGUGCCGCAUGGCGUGGCAGAGCGCGGGAGAGUACCUGGCAGUCAAGGUCGACCGUUACACCAAGACCAAGAAAACCACCUACUCGGGCUUCGAGCUCUUCCGCAUCAAGGAGCGCGACAUCCCUAUCGAAGUCCUUGAGCUGGAAAACAAGAACGAUAAGGUCAUCGACUUUGCGUGGGAGCCCAAGGGGCAUAGAUUUGCGGUGAUUCACGGGGACGGGCCGAAGCCGGACGUGUCGAUUUACACGAUGAAGCCGGCGGGGGCGGGCGGCGCGGGGGGCGUUGUGAACGUGGCGAAGCUGACGACGCUCAAGGGGAAGCAGGCGAACACGCUGUGCUGGUCGCCCAUGGGGCGGUUCCUGGUGCUGGCGGGGCUCAAGGGGUUCAACGGGCAGUUUGAGUUCUUCAAUGUGGACGAGCUGGAGACCAUGGGCACGGGGGAGCACUUCAUGGCCACCGAUGUCGAAUGGGACCCCACCGGCAGGUACCUAGCAACGGCGGUGACGUCGGUGCAUCAGAUGGAGAACGGCUUCCACAUCUGGUCCUUCAGCGGCCGCCUGCUCUACCAGCUCCCCCGCGACCGCUUCAUGCAGUUCCUGUGGAGACCCCGACCCCCCUCCCUGCUGCCCGCGGAAAAAGAGGCAGAAGUUUCCAAGAACCUGCGCAAGUACAGCCGAAAGUACGAGGUGGAGGACGAGGAGGCCGGGGCGGCGUCAAGCGCAGCCGAGGUGGAGAGGCGGCGCAUGGUGCUGGACGAGUGGCGGCAGUGGCAGGCGGAGUGGCGGCACAUAGACGAGCAGGAGGAGAAGCUGCGGGCAGCGAUUAGAGGAGGCGUGAAGGAGGAGGAAGAGGAGUAUAAGGCGGAGGAGGUGGAGGUGGAGGAGAUUAUUGACAUUCAGGAGGAGAUUGAGAGGUUUGAGUGA